AUGGAAAAUAAGCAGAUAGACAACGAUCCGGAACAUAAGGGGCAGCAGCGGUGCUGUCUCGGCGCUCUCUACUUCAGCUCAGCAGCUCAGGCCGCAAAUAGGGGCCCGACGUGCAUCGGCUUCCAGCAUACACCCGCCACGCCGGUCAAGGUGGAGCAGAAGGACCCGUCGGUAGAGGAGUGGACGGGCUACAAGGCGAGCGAGCAGCGUGGCGGCAGCGACGGGGGCGCGGGCAAUGGCAGCAGCUUCCACCUCCUGCCGUACUGUGAGGGUGUGGAGGUUCUGGUCGCUUCACAGGAGCAAACAGCUGCCACCAGGCCUGACAGCACGGCCGCCUCAGCCGGGGCUGCGGCCGCGGCACCAACAGCAAAGGGCGCGCUGGCCGCGGCCCGCGGGCAGCACGAGCAGCCGGCGGCGCCCCAGCAGCAGCAGCCAGCGCCGCAGCCUCGCCCGCCGCAGAGGCAGCAGCAGCCACAGCAACGGCAGCAGCCGGCGCAGCCGCUGCCGCUGCCGCGGCCAUCGUGGCAGGCCGUGAUGGAGUCCCUUGACGGCCGCGCCGCUGACGCCCAGCGCUUCAGGAAGCGCUUCGAGGCGGUCGCGGCGCGCAACGCCCAGGCGAUGCGCCGCGCGCUCGACGCCGCGUACGACGCGGCGGUCAAGCCCGUGCUUGACAAGCUCUCCCCCGGCGGCCCGCGCGCGUGA